AUGGCCAUCACAAAGCUCAACUCUUCAGUUCGCGUGACCCAUGUUGGCACGGCAACUGCUGUCAUUGAGCUCGACAACCUCACUAUCCUCACCGACCCGUACUUCUCUCCGGAGGGCACCGAGUGGAUUGGCAAAUCAGGCGCUAAACUGGUCAAUUCAUACCAGCCGCCCCUUGGCCUCGAAGAUCUGCCAUCAAUUGAUCUCAUUCUUCUGAGCCAUGAAGACCACAAAGACAAUCUAGACGAUUUGGGCCGUCAACUUCUCAAUGGGCGGCACGUCUUUACCACCACUGAUGGAGCACGAAACCUUGCUCCACGAAAAGCACAUCUCCCCGGCGGCGAGUGCCUUGGAUUUAUCGUCAGCGCAGAGCAUUUUGGUACAUCAAACGGGAAGCCAAAUGCCAUAUACUUCUCUGGCGACACUGUCUAUAUAGACGAGCUUGCCAAGAUUAAAGACCGGUUUCACGUUUCUGUUGCCCUAUUUAGUCUCGGCAAGGCCAUGGUUCCUAAACCUGGGGGCGGUAUGCUUCAAAUCACGAUGGAUAGUAAGCAAGCCGUGCAGCUCAUGCGCGAUAUUGAGCCAGAUAUUGUUAUUCCGUUGCAUUUCGAGGGAUGGAGCUUGUUUAAAGAGGGGAAAAGCGAAAUAGAAGAGGUGGUAAAGGAAGAGGGGUUUGAAGACAAGUUUAAGUUUCUCGCCCCGGGAGUUAAUACCAAAAUUUUGGUUUCCAUUGAAGAGUUCUCAACUCCCUCAACGGGCUGGCAGCUCGACGACUUCGUGCUCGACCCAGGCUAUGUUGCAUCCCGGGAAGAAUUGCGCUGGUUGAUGCUAAACACUGCGCAAACUGCACCACCAUCUCCGGUUCACGGCGACAGCUUCAUAUCUGGGUUGGACACACAUAGUGGCGAAGAUCGGUCGUCAGCACAGCACACAACCUCACACCUCCUAUCACAAGGCAGGCGAAUCGAAUACCUCAAGAACUACAUAAGUCAAGUUGCGCCAUGGCUCGAUAUGUUUGAUAGCUCUCGUGCUUUUGGGAUGCAAGUACCUCUUCUCGCGCAGACUUCUCCCGCUCUAUUAUGUGCAAUCUUGGCCAUAUCAGCGCGACAGAAGGAGAGAAAAGAUGCUUCCGAUGGAAAAUCGACUCCUCAGAAGAGCUUCGAUAGCCUGGAGCUGUAUCAAGAAGCAAUCCGGCUGCUGACGCCUCUUCUUGCAAGAGAUUGGCGCCGCCAUUUAGAAGGAUGCGCUGCUCUUUUCGAUGCAUUCGAAGUCCAUGGAUUCUGUGGCGGAUUGCUUCAAGCGGUCUUUUGGUGUCACGCAAGGAUGGAUUUAUGCGGAGCUUUAAUAUCGGACGGCACGCAGAGCACCAUGAUCCCUCCUAUUGCUUGGCUACCUCCAGGCACAGACGAGUCAAAUGUUCGUCAGACUUUCAAGAAUAUACAAAGUCCGGAUAUGCACGCCAACUAUGCAGUCUAUCUCUGUGCCAAAGCUUGCGAACUUGUUUCAGACCGCACUCAUCAUGACGAAUUGGGUGCUCCCAACGGAUGUACCGCCGAAGUAUUUACAUCACGCUGGACCAGAUUAUGGGACGAUCUACAGGCCUGGAUAGACGAUCGUCCCAAUGAGCUGGUUCCGUUACAGAUUAUAGAAUCGAAACCCUUCCCCCAGAUAUUGUAUCUCCACUGGGCAGCUAUUUCAUCCAAUCAGUUAUAUCACACUGCUUGUAUUUUGAUGCUCGGAUCGAUGCCCAGGAGACACAGCCAUGUACCUGGUUUGACGGGGUCAUCUAUCUGGCAUGCGAAGCGCAUUUGCGGAAUCUCUCUGACAAAUCCUCAUCAAGGAUGUCUAAAUAAUGCGAUCCAGCCACUGUGGUUGGCAGGUAGACUGCUUAGCCAUGAGUCAGAGCAUACGAUACUCGUGGAUCUGAUUCGUGACAUUGAGUCUACUACAGGAUGGGGAACCUGUUGGAGAAUUCCUGAUCUAGGAGCGGCAUGGGGGUAUUCUGUCCGGAAGUCUUCUCGUUCGAAGAAUGUUCCCCUUGGACAGCGGCAAAACACCCAAACCGGAUGA